UGACGUCACCUGUCGACACUCCCUUCUCCACAGUAGAGGGGGAAAGAUGGCGCCCACACACGUAUUGAGAUGCUGUCAACGGGGCUUAGCAUGGAUACCUGUGAUUUUUAUCGCGCUCGUCGUCUGCUGGUCGUACUACGCUUACGUGGUGGAGCUUUGUAUAUUCACCAUCCCCAGCAUAGGAGAGCAGAUUGUCUACCUGAUCUUCUUCCACCUCUCAUUCGUCAUGUUUGUGUGGUCUUACUGGAAGACCAUCUUCACCAAGCCUGCCAACCCUUCCAAAGAGUUUUGCCUCCCCAAGGCUGAAAAGGAACGCUAUGAGAAGGAGGAGAGGCCAGAGUCCCAGCAAGAGAUCCUGUGGAGAGCUGCCAGCAGCCUCCCUCUGUACACCCGCACAGGCGCUGGCGCGAUCCGCUACUGUGACCGCUGUCAAGUUAUCAAGCCAGACAGAUGUCAUCACUGCUCAGCAUGUGACAUGUGUGUGCUAAAGAUGGACCAUCACUGUCCCUGGGUGAACAACUGUGUGGGAUUCUCCAACUACAAGUUUUUCAUCCUCUUCCUGGCCUACUCGCUGGUGUACUGUUUGUUCAUUGCAGCCACCGUCCUUCAGUAUUUCAUUAAAUUCUGGACACUUUGCCGGAGGAAAUCGGCAGAAAACUGCCCAAAGAAUGAGCUGACAGACACGCCUGCCAAAUUCCAUGUCUUGUUUCUUUUUUUUGUGGCCGCCAUGUUCUGCAUCAGUAUUUUGUCCCUCUUCAGCUACCACCUGUGGCUUGUAGGGAAGAACAGGUCGACAAUAGAGGCAUUCAGAGCACCAGUCUUUAGGACAGGCUCUGAUAAAAAUGGUUUCUCUCUGGGUUUCCGAAAGAAUAUUGCUCAGGUCUUUGGUGACCAGAAGAAGUACUGGCUGCUGCCCGUCUUCACAAGCCAGGGAGAUGGUCUGACGUUCCCCACCCGACUGGUCAACACUGACGUGGAGCAGGCCACAGUGACGCUGCAGUCAGAGCCCAGUAAAAGCGCUGCUGACAUCACCGUGAGUCCACUCAGCGAGUCUCAGAAUCGCCUCCUGAGCAACGAGCAGCAUGCUAAUAAUGUCGGAGACCAUCUGGCAAAUAACACCCUCAAAUCAGCUGAAAGCGAAACCAUUACAAUCUCAAUGGAGAGCGAGUCCUAACCAGGAGAAGCACCUCAGUCAUCUACUACGAUGCCUUAAGCAAAGCUAGAGUUCAGUUUAUCAGCAGUCUGCCAGCAGAUGCCCAUUUAAAUCCAUUCACAGUAACUAUAUGGAAAUGCAGUCCAUUAUCACAGUCAUGUAUUCCGUGGCAUUAGCAGUUCCACAUGCAGUGUCAUGAACGCAUUUCACACCUCUCUUCAUGAGACAUGAGACAAGCUUGUUCGCAGUUACGCACACACACACUAACGGUAUACUGUAUACAUAUUUCUGUUGCUUUUUUUUUUUUACCUCUCACAAUUGAAGUAUUUAUUUACAAGGACCGCGUUAAAGUGAAUCAAAGCUACUGCCGAAAGCCUCCCAGGUCCACCAAGACUUGGAGAUACAAAGCUGAAGUGAAGAGAACCUGGAACUGCUUUUUUUGGUUUGUUUUUGGUUUUUUAGAGAGGCAGUACACGAUGUGGAGAUUCAUCGAUUUUACCCUUGAUAGUCUCAUCUUGUCUCAUUUUUUAACAAGUACACCGAUGGAGCGUAACAAUGAUCGACACCUCUUGAGAUGGAUACUUCCCAACAAACCUGGACUAUCUUACAGAGGACUCCGCCUCACGGUGAAUCCGUUCACAACAAGGAAAACUCUAACCAGGUUUUUGGUAGACUUUUUGUUUUGUUUUUAAUCCAUCAGAGCACAAGAUGGCGCAUUUGCACUUUGUAGAUUAUCCAUCAAAGAAAAAAGUGCUGCUUUUUAAAAAAUUUUUUAUUUUAUUUAAAAAACCAAGUUUUAAAAAAAGGUGUUACGGAUGUUGGUCGAUCUUUUGAUUUUUUUUCCCCCUUUUUUUAAAAAUAUAAUGUAUUGUGUGUGUGCGUGUGUGUGAGAGAGAGAGAGAGAUUGUGUGUAACAGUUGAAGUGGCAGUAAGUUUUCUUAUUUCCUACUAACAGACUAAAAGAAUCAGCUUUAUAUGUGUUUUUUGUGGCCCGCUUGUGUCAAAGGAAAAAAAACAAAACCUGCUGCUUCGAAUGGAAGGUUUAACUUUGGAGAUGAAGCUCGCUCACUAUCUGUUCUUUUAGAGGCUGAUCAAUGAUUCUUAGCCCGCAAUGUGCACAGCCUGUUUUUCUACAACUCAGUGCUUCAACCUUUACAAAGAACACCAACACUCUGCCAAAUAAGGGCUGGCCUGUCAGGAGCUCUGACCUCCAAACCUGAAGUGUUUACAGCAUAUUAGCUUUAUCCUAACCUCACUGGCCAAUCUCAUCAUAACCAAAUUGAAUUCAACAGUAGUCGUGGCGCAAUAUUUUGUACAUUUAUUUGUCGCUCCGACCUGCUGUGGGUCAUGAUGUCCGUGCAAUACCAGUGCUGGCCAGCAGGUGGAGACAAGAGUCCUGUUUGUCCGCUCUCAUUCAGCUAAAUGUUUUUUUUUUUGUGUGUGUGUGUGUGUUUUUGGUAUCACUACAUCACUUCCUCAGGGCUCAGUUCACUUUCAGGUUAAAUCGCUUUUUUAAUAUCCUUUAAUAUGCAUUAAAUUCCUGUAAUAACUCAUCUGGAUUUAAUUUGAAAGUGGAUUGAACCCCUCUGAUAGAGCUACAGCCUCUGCUCACCUUGUUGCUGUAGACAUGCGUGGAUGUCUGUAUUUUGGAAUCGGCUCAUUGUUGUGAUCUUGAGCGUGAGCUUGUUUAAUUCCUGUACUUUGUCAGUGUUUAACAUCUGGGAAUGUACUCACGGGGUGUGCGGAAAUCUGUAAGGAAAGUGUUUUUAAUACCCAGAAGACAGCGUUGCUCACAUUUGUCAGCACAACCAAAUAACAAUCGUUCGGGAGUGAGUUCCUUUUCCAAGAAAUGUUAUUGUUUUAGUGCAGCAUUGUAAGGCGAUGCAGCAAAUUCCUGAUGUCCGCCAUUACUCACAUGUCUGAUCACAUCCCUGAGUGUUGCUGGAAAAGCCUCCUGCUGAAUAUAUCCAACCAGACACUGGUGGUGUACAAGUUUACAGCUGUUUCUAUCAUGUACAGUGUGUUAGUGUUAUCGUAACGUGUGCUGAAUGUAUCACAGACGGGACAGUAAAGGUAUGAGUGUUUUUAAAAAAACCACAACAACAAAAAGCAGCCUGAUCUUUAGACUUUUGUUUACUUCUUGAAUCCUCCAAUCAUCUUUGACCUUUUGAGCCCAAGUAUAUUUAUAGUAACUCUUUUUGCAGAGCAGUGAUUGGAGGAUAUUCGCUAUUGUAUAAUGACACUGUGGUUGAAUCAAAACAAACAAACAAAAAAGUAGCAGGUUCAAUUUCUAAGAUCAUGAUCCAAGCCAAGGUUAUGUUCUGAUUAUAUGUAGAUCUUUUCUAAAAAUCGCAUUCAAAAAUUUCAAGAAAUUAAACUUUAAAAAUAAGAAGACAUUUUUGUAUCGUGUAUAAGGAGCUCGGCUAAUUCCACUCAUCAUUUACAGCCACUGAUUCUAAAAGUGUGGACUUGUUGUCCUAUUGUUUUAAAAAUGCCUGUAUUCUCUCUGGGCUGUUUCUCCUUGAGACUAAAGUGCGCCUGUGUGUCUGUGUGCGUGUGUUUUGUAAUGCUUAAGUGAGUGUUCUUUUGUAAUAUUGUGGUCUCGGACAGAAGCUUCUGUGCAGCGAUGAGAUGUUUUUGUUUUGUUUUUUAACGUCUCUGUGAACAUCAACUGAUUAAUGCUCAAGCAUGGCGCCUAACUUCUGUAAAGAUGUUUUACCAUGAUAACGGGGUUUAUGGUGUUAUAAAAGUCGCUGUUGUUUUUUGGUUUUUUUAACUAUAGCUAGCUGUGUCAUUUCAACUCUAUAAAUAAAGCCAUAAAAACUCCUUUGACAAUGGAAGAAGGAUCUGAAAACCUCAGUCUAAUAUCAGCUUUUCUUUUUUUUUAGAUUGACGGCACGCUACAUCUGUGUUCAUGGUGCAGUGCAGAUGUAGCCAUCAUAACUUGCUUAUUGCUACAUUCUGGAUUCUUUUUUGUUACAAUGUCCUAUUUUACAAUGUAUGUACAUAUAUAUUGAUAAUGUAAGAAAACAGAAGACAGCAUAUAUUUUUCUUGUCUGAUUAAUUUUACUGUUCCUAUUUUGUGAAUGAAGUACAUGCCUCUACACAAUUAACGUGAAAAUAACAAUAAAUGUUUUUCUAAAAAGCUCA